GCUAGAGCCGACCCCCAACCGAGUGAGUGGGAGAACCACCCUCCGCAGAGCCUGACCAAUCUGCAGCAAAAGCAUUGCCCCAGUACUUAUUACAUGCAGUAAAUGCUGAAUAAUGUUUUCAGCGCGUUAUUAUGUUUGAUAGGGAAUAGGAAUUUAGCCCUAGUGUUUACGUUCUCUCGGUCCAGUCAGAUCUGUAAUAUUAAUUAGUGAAUGUUGUGUCUGAGGUUUUUUUAAGUCAAUGCAUGGAGAUGGCUGAAAUCAUAUCUACCAAAGAUUUGGGGCGAAGAAUUUGUUGUGGCAAGUGAUUUGCUAUUGCUCAGAUUAGCUACUAACAUUAUUUUCACUUCCGUCUUAUUGCAAAACUGUGCUGUUGAGAAAAUAGUGAGAACAUGUCAUCAAAUUGUCGGGAUCUGCUGAGCGGUCAGCUUUACCAAAUCAUCUCCUGAUGAGCAAUAUUAGUUGAAAAUCUUAAUAACUGAUAUACGAUAAGACGCAAGUUAAAGAAGAAAUUCAAACAGACUAGAGCCAUCUCUAUGAAGUCUCCAGGGAAUGAAUAUAAAAACAGCAAGAUGGCCUCCACCACAAAGGAUGCAGCUGGGUUAAAUUCUGCACCUUGUCUUUCUAUAAUGAAUCCAUCAGGAAGAACACGGAGUACUGAUUUUCAGCAAUAUUAUUCAUUGGAAAAUCAAACAGAAGAGAAGAAUGUUCGAAAAUUAAUCCAAGAGAAACCAGUGGGCACAACGGAAUACAGAGCAGGAGUGGAGGACACACUGUGUAGCAUAGCCCUGAAGUUCAACAGUACACCAAAUCAACUGGUUAAAUUAAACAAGUUGUAUUCACAAAGUAUUGUUCCAGGGCAGCAGCUGUAUGUUCCUGAUCCAGAAGUGAGUGAAGAAAGCCCCAUAUCCUCAAGUCCCAGGCAGUCACAGACUCUUUCUUCAUCAGAUAUAGAGUAUGACAAACCUUUGGAUGCUGUUUCAGCAGAAAUGUCCAGUCUACAGUGGUACAGUUCCCAACACUCCAUACCCAGUUGCUUGUCUCCCAUGUGGGACGAAGUACCCUUUUCUGAAAGAUUCCUGAAAAUCUGUUGCAGAUAUUUUACAGAUGGAAAGGGUGUUAUAAUGGGAAUCCUACUCCUCACUCCUAAAAAGAUCUUUUUUGAUCCAUACAAAUCCCAUCCUCUUGUUGUUGAACAUGGCUGUGAAGACUAUUUAUUUUCUUGCGACAUGGAGUCACUCAUUUCAGCAGUGUCUCAUAAAGAUGUUUCUCAAAUGAAACUUUGCAUCUCUUCUCCCUUAAGGAAGACUUCUGUUCAGUCUCAAACUGGAAGAAAUACUGCUAACAUCAACUGUAGGAAAUCUCGUCCAAUUAGUUUAGUAGCUCCGACCAAACACAAUACCCAAAGUACGAAGAUCAAAAGAACAGAUUCAGUUCCUGUUGAUCAAGGAACUGAAGCUUCAACAAAAUUUAGCAGCAUAUGCCACUCGUGUCCAGAUUCUCUCAGUCACAUUGAUGAGAAAUCGUCCAAUGAAACUGCAGAAUUGCAGCACAGUGUAACAUGCCUGGACCUGGAAGAACAUGGUGAAACUGAAUAUAAAGAAACAUUUACUAUUCCAAACAGAGCAAAAUGGGGAGGAGAUAAUUUAAUAGCAGAGAAUGAGAAUUAUUGUGAUGAACAAAGUAUAAGAGAAAGAAAAUUUGGACCAAAUGCAGAUUAUCAUGGCAACCAACAUUUAACUCAUGCACUGACAGAGGAGAUGUUACAUAAAGAAAUCAAACUAGAGAAACUCUAUAAUUCCAACUAUGAUACAGAUGAUAAAACUGCAGCUUUUUGUGAGAUAAACCUGUCAGAUCAUGGAUAUCCUGAAUAUCCAUGGUGUCACAGGGGAGAAAACACAGAAGGGAAACUGCUUUGCAGUGAACUAUCUAGAUUGAAGAAAGAAGAGGUCUGCUGUGCAAUCAACAAAACCAAAGAUGAUCUGUUUAGUGAGUAUGAUAAACAGAAGAUCCACACAAAGGAUAGAUUACCCAAACUGGCACAGAAGCAUGGGUUGAAACAAGAUCUGCAUCACUCAGAAGAUGGGGAAGACAAAUUUCAAUUGAUGUUUUUAUGUCUGAAAGUCAGACUUCGCAAGAAAGGGAGAAAUCUGCUUAAAUUUGGAACAACCACACCUCAGGAUAUGAGCCAGAAUGAACCCGAAGAAUACUGGUUUGCAAUGACCCGGGAAAAAGUGGCUGAAUUACAUGAAUACCUGAAACAUUGGCGACCUGAUAUUUAUUUGCCUGAAGCAAUGGGUGACGUGCAAUUCAGUGACUUUGUUCUCCUCGAUGGGAAGUGUGCAUUCCCCUUGAAUGAGAAGUUUUUUGAUGGACUUUUUGAUGAAUGGGAGAUUAUAUCUGUGGAGGAUGACCCAAUGAAACACUGCAAAGAAAUCUUUGAUUCAGAAUUUGGGAAUAUGGCACCUAUCCUUCAGGGGAAAAGCAACUUACUGGAACCUUUUCAUAUUGACAAGAUUUCAAAAUACUUACCACCUAGAACAGUGGGGCAUCCAUGGCUACUGGCAUACAGCACAUCCCUACAUGGCUUUAGUCUGAAAACCCUAUACCGCAAAGUGGCCAAUGCUGACUCUCCAGUACUACUGGUUUUAAAGGACACGUGUGGUCAGGUAUUUGGUGCUUUAACUUCUCAUCCACCAAGACCAAGUGACCGUUUCAAUGGGACAGGAGAAACGUUUCUAUACACCUUUAAUCCUGAUUUUAAGAUCUUCCAAUGGACUGGAAAUAAUUCUUUCUUCACAAAAGGAAGUUCAGACUCACUUGCAAUAGGAGGAGGAAGUGGACACUUUGGUCUAUGGCUGGAUGAAGAUCUCAAUCAUGGAAGAAGCAAUCCUUGUGAAACAUUCAACAACGUUGUACUAUCUAAAAAUGAAGAUUUCAAGGUGCAGGAUCUUGAAGUGUGGACAUUCUGAUAACUGUCUAGUCAUGAUCACUAUCUAAACAACAUUCUUAAAUACUGAUUUAAUGCAUGUACUGAGACAGCGUGUAAAGUUGUAGCAAGACAAGUGCAGCAUCAUAUCUGACAUGGCCUGAGUUUAAGGAAGCUUGCAUGAGCUGUAACAACAGUUGCUAAUCUGAGAGCAGUGAAGCUUUGUAGCCCAAGGCUCCCUUUAAAUUGUAUUUUUUUUCAGAGCCACUUUAGACACUAGUGCAUUGCCAAUGUAAGUGAGGUGUAGUCAUGAAUAGUAUUCAUUAAUUACUAUCUUGCUGCUAAACUAUUCCAACAUAUCCAUUUAAAUCUACUUGUGCAAUUCUGACAAUCCAAGUAUGGGGGCAAACAAAUCUACCGACUCACAAUACAAGUGAAUUAUGUCAGCCAUGUUCCAGACCAAUCUAGCACCAAGUGCUUUUUUUUUGUAUCAACCUGCGCACAUAUUGGUGUGAAUGCAUGUUUAUUAUAUGGCCUUAAAUUUUAUGCUGCUAACUUCAAAACUGGAAUGUAUGCUUUGAGGAUCAAAUAUUUAUUGUUCAUGUUUGUGUAUAUAUCUAUACAUAUGAAGCUAUUUGCUUAAGUUCAUGUUAAAAAUUCAUUAAAAAUCUUGCUAUAAUGGUGAAGAACAAUGUUAAUUGUCGUGACAUUUCAAAACAUGUCACUGCUUUUAAUUUUAUGAAUCAUAGAUGUUCCUGAAAUAAAAAUAAACUAUUAGCAUUCUUAAACAUCCUAGGGCAAAUCCAUUUUAAUAACUGUCCUGAUCUCAGCUGCUGGGGGGGGGGGCAAAAGAGAGGAAGAAAGAUAAGAAUAUAAAACAACCUUAAGUAUUCCACCACUUUCUGAAUGCUGAUACUUGAACUCUGCUACCAUGCUGUAAGUAAAUUUUAUUGUACUAGAAUUCUAACACUCCCCCAAAUCGACAAAAACAACAAUUCUUAAACUGUUUUUAUUUAGAAAAAAAAAAUUACAAAUACCAAGUGUCAUGCUUGCCUAUUCAACAUAAGAAAUAACUAGAUUUUUAAAAAAUGGGUCAAAACUUUUGUAUUUAGAAGAACCAAAAGCCUUGGUAAUAGAAAGGAGUUGUAUAAAGCUGGAAGUCAGCUAUUAACUGUUAGUGCUAACUGCAGUUCACAGCUCAAGAGAAAAUUAGAAAACUGUCAAUUGGUAGGAAGAUGCAAGAUGCUUUAGGCUUCAAUACAAUUUACAAUUCAUGGGCUGUCAAGAUCCUGAUCACCACUCACCUAUAAAACACAACCUGUAUCCCAUCCAAUGGGAGGUGGAGGUGAGAUAUUUUACACAGCAAAAUAACAAUGCAAUUUCUAGUACUUCAGGUUUUUAAGCAGGAAGAAAAACUGCACAGAUCCCUGGAUCACAAUAUACAUCUAAAUGGCUAGUUAUGUUCUCAAACAUGUUGCAUACACUAAAUUUGGCACCAGACUGCUGAGACAGGAUAGUACAAAUGGAACCAGCCCCCUGAAUGAAUUGCAAAAGAUAAGUCUUAAAUUGCCAAGCCUUAUACAUUUUUCAAUGCAAUAAUUGACCUCUAAUGACUGUUUUGUCAUUGUCUGUUGUCUGUUUUGCCCAAUCAAUGCAAACCAAUGUGGGAGAUUUAUGAACAAUGUAAUAAAAUUAAGACCAGGAAGCAAGAGUGAUUCAAGGAGGGUAGGAUGAGGCAAUCAUUUCUAAACAACUAACAUAACAUCGGGCAGAACCCAGUCCUUUCCCAGGCUUUGGGGUUCAGCCUUCACAAAAUGCAGUUCUUUAGACAACAAAAACCAUUCUUGCCACCCUCCAUCACUCUUAUUUGUUACAAACAGGCCUUGAUUUUUCCCACAGCCAUAAUUUUAACACAGUGUCACCACAAGUAUAAAAAUAAUGCUGAUUAGAAUCCAGGCUGUAAAUAUAUAAAAACAGAAAUAAGUAUAAAAAGUCAAUGACCUACUAUAUUUGAUCUGCUUUCUUACUACUAUACAGAUUUAGUAGUGUUGACAAAAUAGAACUUUAAUUACAAAAACAAACCACAACACUUUGCAUAGGUCCAGCAAAUGAAUGGUCAGAUUUCACCUGGAACAUACACAAGUUAUUUGAAGCACAUAUCACAGAGGGCAUCACCAAUGGCUUGAUGCACUGACAUUUGUUUUAAGAAAAUAGUUCUUAAAAAUUAUCAAGACCGACAGCAUUUUAUCUGUACGCUUAUUCAUGCAUUCCCAUAACAGUGAUGUCUAUCUCUUGCUCUCCUGCUUUCAUAACCCCACAUUAAUAGCUGAUGGGCUGGUCCUGGGAUUUGGCUUGUUAGAGGAAAAGUGAACCAUGUACUUACAUUAAGGAAUGCACGCUGAUGUUUGACAAUAUUUUUGGAUAAAAUAGCUGACUAUCAUCUAAAUGAAUGUAAAUAACCGUCAUGUAAGUAAAUUAACACAGCUGGCAGCCAAUCACUCAAAACGUGUUAUUUCAUCAUGCUUGACAUUUUCAUGUUUUAACAAUAUGAAUGCACUAGAGAGCUGGUGGAAAUAGUUAAUGAAGAAACAGCAUUGUGGGACACUGUAUAUAAUAAUGAGACAUGACAUACAGAUGCAGCAGGUUCGGGAGAAACACAAACAUUGGACUUGGGUUUCAAAACCUCUUGGAUUUUUCUCACUUCAAAUCUGGGGCUAAUUGAUACAGACUGAUUGUUAUAAGACUGAAAGAAAUAAGAACAAUAGGACAUUUGGCUGGUCAAGCCUGCUUCCCCCAUUCAAUAGGAUCAUGGCUGAUCUGACAUUUCUCAUAUCCACUUUCCUGUCCUUUGCCUGUAGUCCUUAAUUUGCCUACCGAUCAAGAAUCUCUCUGAUCAUCCACAGCUCCGCUGUAAAGUAGGAGGUGAACUUGAAGAGCCAACAUCAUCUUCCAUCUAGCUAUUCAAAUGUUUUUAAGCAAAGGUGAUUAAAUCAUACUAUGUGUAGCAAUGCAAACCAAUAACGGUACAGGCCAUUCUGUUCAUCAUACUCGAGACAGCAGUGUGAAAACAGCUUAAAAAAAACAAAGAACUGUGGAUGCUGUAAAUCAGAAACAAAAAACAGAAGUUGUUAGAAAAGCUCAGGCAGCAUCUGUGAAGAGAAAUCACAAUUAAUGUUUCAGGUCUGGUGACCCUUCCUCAGAACUGAUGGUAGCUAGCUAGGAAAAUGUCACUGUGUAUGCAGAAGUCGGGUGGAGGGGGAGUAGGUAAACUGUGAACGAUAGGUGGGGAUAGAGCCCAAAGAGAGAAAAAACAGUUGGACAAAGGAGUGGAUAAUAAUCUGGUUAGAAGAGUGAAUAGCUGUUUACUGGAGACUGUCAGCAGCAAACAAUAGAUAGUGUGAAAUGGCAGACUAUGUAAUAACAGUGCGUGUAAAAACAGAUGUUCAGAUAGCCUCACUCCCAAUAACCUUUUCCCAGAACCCUGCUACCAUAUCCUUUUCAACAUAUAGCUAAUCUCCUCUUGGAAGCUAUCAUUAAGCCUGUUCUACCUCAGGAAGUAUUUCAGAUCACUUUUUUAAAAGUCCCUAUAUUAAAACAAUUAAUUUUUCGUCUGGUUCCUUGACCAAAUAUCUCAAGUGUGUCCUCUUAUUGCAGAAAAUCCCUCCUGGCGAAUACAGCUUUUCUUCAUAUAAUUUAUCUUUCAAUAUUUAAAGCUUUUACAGGGUUUGUAAAGUAACACGAGAGUUUGAAAGUCGAAAGUGGCAGUUUUUAUACAGCAAGUUAACAUCCUUCAGGACAAAGGCACCGUCACUUAUGCACACAGCAAGCUUCUGAAACUUUGUAUCUGCAGGAUUCUAAAUACUCACAAGAUCCUCCUCCUACCAGUGAAGUCACAUUAACAGUUUAAAGUUAGCACAGGAAACUGGAGGUUGCUGUGAAAUGUUGUUUCUGGCCUUGGGGUGGGGGAUGGGUAACCUGACUCUUAAAAGCGGCAGACCCUCCUCAGAAACUCAGCUUCCCUCCAGCAGAAAAUUCUAAACAUUCAGUCACUUGCUUAAAGAAAACAUGCAUAAACAUCUAUUAUGGAAUAGUUCCAGGAAUGAGGAACCUCCGCUUUGAAGACAGAUUGGAGGAGUCAGGCCUGUUUUCCUGAUAGAAAAAAGGCUGAGAGCAGAUUUAAUCAAGUUUUUCAAAAUCAUAAAGGGGUCUGGACAGAGCAAACAGGAAGAAACUGUUCCCAUCCUUGAAAGGUUCGAGUAUGAGAGGAAACGUAUUUGAAGUAAUUUGUCAAAGAAGCAAAGAAAAAAUCUUUUUCAUACAGUGGGUGGCUAAAGUCUGGAAUGCACUGAGACCGUGGUAAUGUAGAGGCAGGGUCCAUUAAAUGUUUAAAAGAGAAUCAGUCUGUUACGCAGAAUGGUGCAGUGUAAGGGGAGAAGGCAGAAUACGGAUGGUGGAUGGCACAUUUGGAGAGCCCGUACAGACAAGAUGGGCUGAUGGUUUUUUAGCUGUGAUUCUAUGGAGAUUUUUGGUAUUUUCUUAUCAGGACAGAAACUUGGAGAAGUGUAAAUAGAGGUUUUCAAAAUUGUUAUAGUGAAGAGAUAAAUGAAUAAAUUAAAAUGAAUAAAAUAGGAAGCAACAUUUUCCCUAUCUUUAUUUUAGGGCACAAAUUUAAGAUUAUUUUCAAAUGAAUGAGGGAGAGAUGAAGAGAAAUAUUUUCUGAUGGUGACAUCUUAUCAGGGAUUCCGUAAUCUUCAGAAACAAAAUUAGUAAUAUCUUUCAAGAAGGAAGUGACUUUAAAAUAAAACUGCAAAACAACUGUAAAAGGUGAAUGGGGCUAAGUAAUGCUUUUUACACAGAACUGUGACAGUUUCUCACUUGCUGAACAGCAUCAAUUUGUCACAUGUCUGUGUCAGAUUUCCAUGUGUGGUAGUGGCAAGCAUAUUAGACAAUACCUUUAAAAAAGCCAUCCUUGCUAAUAGUGACAUAUUCCCAAAUCAGACUCCAAUAACACUCAAGAAAUAACUAGCUAUGGUUCAGAACUGGUCACUUGCUUCCUCCUUCAUCCCCACCAAUAUCCAAGGAAACAGUUCUUUCUCAAUAAUCAAUACACAAUCAUAUUCAGGGGGAUGAGGAGCAGUAGAGGAACAGGUCAGAACACACUUACACACACACAGUCAUCCCCCACAUCACAAACACUUUGUCAACAGAAGCUGUUUUCUUGAGGAACUAACAAGUAGAUACCCUCCUCAAUGAGGCUUUGGGAAUGGAGGCAAUUUUAUUCUCUGUGCAAAGUGAAAAACCCGAAUAACAAAACAGCUGAAACUGACAAUGGAGGGAGGACCUGUUUCAUUCAGCU